AUGCAGAUCUCCAGCUACUUCUACGCCGCCAUUGCCGUCUUCGCGGCUCAGGCUACUGCCCAGGCAUGCCUUCCUAACGGCAACAUCUGCACUGUUAACUCCAACCCGCCUUGCUGCUCGGGAUUCUGCCUCGUCCAGGCGGGAGCUUCCUCCGGAGUGUGCCAAUGA